UGGUUUUAAAGUCUACCCCAAAACCCUAAUCCCCUUCAGCACUCUCAAGGAGCAGCCAUGGCAAGAAUAAAAGUACAUGAGCUGAGAAACAAGACUAAAACAGAGCUUUUAGCUCAGUUGAAGGAUCUGAAAGCCGAACUUUCCCUUCUUCGUGUUGCUAAGGUCACUGGUGGUGCUCCUAACAAGCUCUCCAAAAUUAAGGUGGUGAGGUUGUCAAUUGCACAGGUUUUGACAGUGAUCUCACAGAAGCAAAAGUCAGCUCUUAGGGAAGCUUACAAGAACAAGAAGUACUUGCCUCUUGACCUUCGCCCCAAGAAAACCAGGGCAAUCCGCAGACGUUUGACUAAGCACCAGGCAUCCUUGAAGACAGAGAGAGAGAAGAAGAAGGAGAUGUACUUCCCCUUGAGAAAAUAUGCUAUCAAAGUGUAGGAUAAGAUCUACUAAAGCUGAGAUUUUGUUUUUGGAUCAGAAAAAUUAUUUGUUGAACGUGUCAGCAAUACAAAUUUUGUUUUGCUUUGUUUCACCUAGUGCUCUUGACAUUUGAUACAUGACCAGUAUGGCGCUUCAUUUGAUUCGAGUAUUGGGAGUUUGACUAUUUUAUGUUGAAUGCGUGUUUGUGUUAGUGAUGUCAUGCCAUGUUAAAGAAUUCUUCCUGUUAUGCCCACGGUGUCUGAAUAUCAUUCUAUUUCUGUCA